GACUGCAUACUAUGGCUUUUCGGAGAAUGUUCGAAUUCAUGAUCUUAAAGUCAUAUGAUUCACAGCAAAUAUAGCAACAAAUAUCUCAAUUGGUAUUUUCCAAAGCCACGAAACGUGCAUUGAGUUUGGAGCGAUAUCUGAAGUGAAGAUUGAAGACGUGAUAGAAGAUGGACGACUACUGCUAUGCUAAGAUGGCGACGUCCGCUAAAAGAGAACAUGAAAGAGAAUCAGCGCCACCAACUUCCAGCAAAUCACCAACGGAGAUAAAGACGAAAGAUGAAGACGUCCAGCAGCUGAUCGGUAAUCCAGAAGAAGUUUCCCCUCAGUUAGGGGGGAGCUCCACUUUGAAGCAGGAGACUCCACAACCACCCUGCAUUAAAAAGGAAGAGGAGGAACUCUGCAUCACUCAGGAGGGAGAGUGUCUUCUAGGACGAGAGGAAGCUGAUUACACCAAGUUUCCACUGAGUAUUCUCUCUGUGAAGACUGAAGAUGAUGAAGAGAAACCACAAGUAGACAACCUCUUAGCGCCACUAUCAGAUAGUGAGGCUGAAGACGAGGUUGAAGAACCUUUGAGCAGCGAUAAAGACUGUGAAGGUGAUAUGAGGACUCACACUGACAACAAACACUCUGAAUGCUCUACAAAGAAGAGAGGUAAAACAUGUUUGAGCUGCUCAGUUUGUGCUGAAAGUUUUACUAAAAAGAGCCAUUUGACUCAACACAUGAAAACACAUAUGGGCGAAAAACUAUUUAAGUGUUCAGUUUGUGGCAAAAGCUUUUCUCGAAAGAGCUCUUUGACACCACACAUGAGAACACACACAGGUGAAAAACCUUUUAAUUGUUCAGUUUGUGGCAAAAGCUUUUCUCGAGAUAGCCAUUUGACUCAACACAUGAGUACACACACAGGUGACAAAACAUGUAAUUGUUCACUUUGUGGCAAAAUCUUUACUCGAAAUGCCUCUUUGACUGAACACAUGAGAACACACACAGGUGACAAAACAUGUAAUUGUUCAGUUUGUGGGAAAAUAUUUUCUGCUAAGAGGUAUUUGACUGAACACAUGAGAACACACACAGGUGAAAAACCAUUUAGUUGUUCAGUUUGUGACAAAAGCUUUUCUGUUAAGAGCACUUUGAUUGAACAUAUGAGAACACACACAGGUGAAAAACCAUUUGAGUGUUCAGUUUGUGGUAAAAGCUUCCCUUAUAACCGCUCUUUGUGGCAACACAUGAGAACACACACUGGAGAAAAAACAUUUAGUUGUUCAGUGUGCUGUAAAAGGUUCCCGCGUAAUGCAGCUGCAGUAAGACACUCAAGAACACACAAGGGAAAGUAACCAAUUAGCUGUUUAGUUUGUGGUAUGUUGCUCAUAUGUGGUGACAUCCACCCUACCCAGGACCUCCUCACUGCUUCUUUCACAAAUAUCUGAGGUAUUCAUACAAACUUGCAUUAUGUGGAGCAUAAUCUUAUCCACUCAUGACCCCAUGUCUUCUCUGUAUCUGAAACCUUCCUGAGCAGUAAGAUAGAUGAUGCUUCAAGUGCUUGGUUACUCCUUCUUCAGUCCAGGGACCUGGGGCCUCAUGUGUAGUUUGUGCACACUCAAAAUCCUGCACUACAACCUUUUUCACUGCAAAGUUGACAUGUAUCAAAACUGACGACACAUAAGUGAUGCUGGGUAACUGUUUGCAUAACAAACUGCCAACUUUUACUCCUCAGACUGACUGAUGUGCAAAUCAGAGACAUAUGAACAAUUAACACCCACAACCCAACCCCCACCUUCCUCGACAUUCGGGCAUAACAGGUUCAAUCCGGCCCACAAGAUGAGUUUGCGAAGUGUAAAAUUCAGCUGUUGUUUUAAUGAAAGAAACUGCUGUUCUAAAUGUGUCCACUGGAAGUCGCAAUAUUAAUUCUCUAAUUCUGUUAGGCAAGCAAAUAGUUCAUACAAGCAAGUAUACCAAGCAAGAGGUACACAGUAAAGUGGGGCUGUGACUCCUCCCCCUCCACCCAACAGGAGUAAAAUAACCAAUUAGUAACCCCACUCGUAUAGCUCGGUUGGUAGAGUGGCCGUGCCAGCAACUUGAGGGUUCCAGGUUCGAUUCCCGCUUCUGCCAUCCUAGUCACUGCCGUUGUGUCCUUGGGCAAGACACUUUACCCACCUGCUCCCAGUGCCACCCACGCUGGUUUAAAACUGUAACUUAACUUCACUAUGUAAAGCGCUUUGAGUCCCUAGAGAAAAGCGCUAUAUAAAUAUAAUUCACUUCACCUAAAAUGCAGCAUGGGACACUGCACACUGAUAUAGUUCUGUGAAAAUGAUUGUCUUCUGUGAAAAUGUCAAGAAAGUGUGUGAUUUACUGCAAUACUGUCAGCCUCUUAAGUUGUUAUUUGUGUUUAUAGUAGAGAAUAUAGGAUAUACUUUGUCAAAAAGGGAUGACGUCAUAUAAAUUUAAUAUGAAAAAAAAUAAAAAAAAUAAUGUAAGUCCCGCCUCCGGACUUCCGGUGUAUAUGUCCCGCCUUCUGACAUCUGGCUAUGAUUUGACAGAUCAAUCUAUGAAAGAUGAGUCUAUUUCACCGCUAAAUAUUUAAUGUAUUUAAUUUGACAGGCCUUCGAAAGAUGUGAAAACAAUAAUCUAUAUAUUUACUAUAUUCAAUAUGAAUUUAUCGCAGCUAUAUUCACUGUGUGUAGACUUGAAGGGGGUCUCGUAUCCUUAGUAAGGGCUUUUUUCUAACAGGAAAAUAGGGGGUCUGUUUUAUCAAAUUUUCAGUGAAUUGAGAUAAAGAUGACAUGUUAUCAAAGCCCUACAAUGGGGGGUGUGGGGGUCCCCACCCUCCUGUCUGUUGUAGUCUAAAACUGAUCUUGACAGCUGUUGAUUGAGGUAACAAUGAAAGAAAAAUAGAAGCAGUCAUAUAAGCAUGCGUGCAAUCCCAUUAAUUAGAUAAAAUGUGCUGGGUCGUAGGAAUGGGAACAGUCACAUCCUUCAUUGAAUGCAACCACGCUCCCCAUCGUUGGAUGAUGCUGAGACAAUUGAUCAUGCAAUGACUUCUCAUCAUUCCUUCAGUUUAUACUUAACACUGCCCACUAUUUUCAAGAAUGCUACAUUUAGUCUUAAUUUAUAUCAUAGUCAAACUAAGGAAGUUAUAAAUAAGUCUAUCUUUGUUUCUGAAAUAUAUCUCGAUUUCAAAUACCGCCAACAGUUUAUAUAUUUUUUACCAACAUUAAAAUAUACUGUUCAACACUAGUUUUAACAAUACUACAAAUAAUAUUAAAGUCAUGUUGUUUACUGUUUGGUUUAGUUUAGGUUUUAAGCCACAUCCUGCAGUUAAAAAGAUGAACAAUUAGUUUCACAUGAAUGGUAAAUGUUAAAAGCUAUUAAUGCCAAAGUUUUUCAAAUCUUCCCAUACUACCAUUUUAAACUUUAAAUGUGUACUUUUUAUCAUUGUAAGAUUUUCAGGAAAAUAUAUUUAGUUUAUUUUUCAUUUUACAAAAUUUUUGAUGCAUGCCUUGGGUAAAUAAUGUUAAUGUUUAAUCCGCAUAUUUUUUUAAAAUAUUUAACACAAUGUUUUUAAUUGCCUGUCACU